CACCCGUGGCUCUGGCGAUCUCGGCUAGCUACACUGGAACCAGAUAUAGGCUUGCUUUCUUGAUUGUGAUGAGAGAAAUGAAGGUUACCGAAAUCGAUAGGCUGUCAUAAUCUUAGCUCGCGUGUUUGUAAGCUCUGGGUGACGCGGUCAAAAACACACGCGCCAGAUUGGCGGGAAACCAAAAUACGUCGCUGAGCAGCACGAUUCAAUGCUUUUCGAAAGACAAAACGACCAAUGGCUAUGCUGUACCAGAAAUCCUGCGAUGCUCCCGUGUGCCUAUAUCUCGAAAAUGAAAGAGUGGAUUGAGGUCCGGGUUGGCUGGAGAUCCUCAAGGCCUCCUUUCAGCCUGACAGCUCACACACGCCUGGCGCAGAAUCUUCCUAUCAAUGAUGUGUUCUCGGCAAAUCAAACUCACCAGCCAAGAAUACGUCCUCGAUGUUCUUAUUGCUCAGACGCUGGUAUUAUAUCCUCCGUUCUUGUUGGCAAGCUUGCACGCAAUCUAAAGCCAAGUCCACUGGACCCACAUAUCACCAAUGGGAACCCAAGUCCUGAAUUUCUACAGGGCGUUGUCAAGCCUGUCCACCUGGAACAAACACACCUCAGACCUCUUAAUAGGUUGUCUUGUUGCUCCUGGAGAGCAGCACAUGCACUUGUACUCCGCAAAAGCGAGCUGGUCAUGCAUGGCCAUAGGGCUGAAAGGUACUACUGGUUGGGGGGCUAUGAGCCAUAUGCGCAGGCAAUAAUCAAUUUAACUGCUCAUUGCUCUGUAUAUUUUGCAACCAUGAAAUGGCUGAAGGAACACCCGGCUGACAUAUGAGCUUCGGCAUACAGUCAGACAAUGGAAGAACGCCCCAGAACAC